AUGUCUAAGCCAACACGUACCCCCGUCAGCACUAAGGGCGCACCCGUCCCACCCCCAAUUCUAUCUCAGGGUAUGGUCGUCGGCAAUAUGGUCUACUGCUCUGGCCAGUUGGGAGUAGACCCGACCACGGGUAAAAUGGUGGAAGGAACCAUCCAGGACCGAACACGACAAAUCCUCCGCAACCUCAAUGCCGUCCUAGAGGCUGGAGGGUCGAGUCUCCAAGACGCAAUCAAGGUCAACAUCUUCCUCACCGAUAUGGCUGAUUUCUCGGCUGUGAACGAUGUCUACGCUACUUUCUUCUCGGAUCCUAAGCCGGUAAGUAUUUUGUGGUCGAAAGAACGAGACUCGAAAUCCACAGGGAAUAUAACUAAUCCGGUGCGUACUUGCAUUGCCGUCAAGUCCCUCCCUCAGGGAUCGGAUGUCGAAAUCGAGUGUUCUGGCCUGGUUACAAAGCCUGGCAAUGGACGCAGUUCUAGACUUUGA